ACCCGGCGGGUUACAGUCCGCGGGGUGGCAAAGAGUCAGACACGACUGAGCGACUAAGCAUAGAGAGAGAGGAGCCAUCUCUGUUUUCUAUCAAGGCUUUCUAAAACUGUAUGCUCACCCUACUCAACAGACAGGGAAACUGAGUCCAAGAGAGUUAUGUGAUUCACCUGAUGAAGAAAAGAUGGAACUCAGAUUGUAUGAUCCCUAAAUGAAAUAGCCUUAAAAAUGACACCAACUGCUUCUCAGGUCCUACCAAGACAAGCUUAACUGGAAGCUGAGCUGAGGGAGAACUGAGAGACGGGAAAUACGAAGAAAGGGGCAUGUCCCCGGUAGAUUUCCCUGGGUGAAUUCAAUCCACCUUUUUACAGGUGGGAGAUUAUAGGUUAUAUAACUACCCCCCAGAUAAAGCAAUCUCUUCCCUCAUGACAACCAUACCCGGAAAACUUGAAUCCCAGGGUGUUCAGAUUUCUGCAGAGUCGAUUUCCCAGAAUGUAUUUAGGUAGGAUCUGGUGCCCUGGGCACAAUCCUUCGACCUGGCACCAUGGAGCUGGGAGGGGCCUUCACCAUCUUUCUAGCACUCUGCUUGUCUUAUCUUCUCAUCCUCAUCGCCUGGAAACGGAUGAGCAAAGGGGGAAAGCUGCCGCCUGGUCCCACACCAAUCCCUUUCCUGGGGAAUGUGUUGCAAGUUCGUACUGAUGCCACUUUUCAGUCUUUCAUGAAGCUCAAGGAGAAAUAUGGUCCAGUCUUCACUGUGUACAUGGGUCCCCGGCCAGUGGUUGUUUUAUGUGGACAUGAAGCAGUGAAGGAGGCCCUGGUAGAUCGAGCAGAUGAGUUCAGUGGCCGUGGAGAACUGGCUUCAAUAGAGCGAAACUUCCAAGGUCAUGGUGUCGCUCUGGCUAAUGGAGAACGAUGGAGGAUUCUCCGACGCUUCUCCCUGACCAUUCUUCGGGACUUCGGGAUGGGAAAGAGGAGCAUUGAGGAGCGGAUCCAGGAGGAGGCCGGCUUCCUACUAGUGGAGUUACGCAAGACCAAGGGGGCUCGCAUCGAACCUACUUUCUUCCUGAGCCGCACUGUCUCCAACGUCAUCAGUUCCGUCGUCUUUGGAAGCCGCUUUGACUAUGAGGACGAGCAGUUCCUGAAGUUGCUGCAAAUGAUCAACCAGAGUUUCAUAGAAAUGAGCACCUCCUGGGCCCAGUUAUAUGACAUGUAUUCUGGAAUCAUGCAAUAUUUGCCAGGAAGACACAAUCGCAUCUACUACUUGAUAGAGGAGCUCAAGGACUUCAUUGCCUCCAGGGUCAAGAUCAACGAAGCCUCGCUUGACCCCCAGAACCCUCGGGACUUCAUUGAUUGCUUCCUCAUCAAGAUGCACCAGGAUAAAAACAACCCCCACACAGAAUUCAACCUCAAGAAUUUGGUCCUGACCACCCUCAACCUCUUUUUCGCUGGUACUGAGACAGUGAGCUCUACACUCCGCUAUGGAUUGCUGCUCAUGAUGAAGCAUCCUGAGGUGGAAGCCAAGAUCCACAAAGAGAUUGACCAGGUGAUUGGACCACACCGGAUCCCAAGUGUCGAUGACCGAGCUAAGAUGCCCUACACAGAUGCCGUGAUCCAUGAGAUCCAGAGACUUACAGAUAUCGUGCCCAUGGGCGUCCCCCAUAAUGUCAUCCGGGACACUCAUUUCCGAGGCUACCUUCUGCCCAAGGGUACCGACGUCUUUCCCCUUCUUGGCUCUGUCCUCAAAGACCCCAAAUACUUCCGCUACCCAGAUGCCUUCUAUCCACAACACUUCCUGGACGAGCAGGGCCACUUCAAGAAGAAUGAAGCCUUUGUGCCUUUUUCAUCUGGAAAGCGCAUCUGCCUGGGCGAGGCCAUGGCCCGCAUGGAACUCUUCCUCUACUUCACCUCCAUCCUUCAAAACUUCUCCCUACGCUCUCUAGUACCACCUGCUGACAUCGACAUCACGCCCAAGGUCUCAGGCUUUGGCAACAUCCCUCCGACCUACGAGCUCUGCUUCAUGGUCCGCUGAGCGCCCCCUAUUGGACAUGGAAGGAACCGUCGGAGAACAGAGCUCUGCCCAAGUGUCCAGGCGCACCCAACCUCUUCAUCCCCCUUCAAUUCUCACAACGAUCCUAAGAGAAGGCACUACUACACUGGUCAGCAGGGGUCAUCCCAAAAUAUGGAGCUGUAUAUCUGCUACAUCCAUCAGAAAAGCAAUGCCCUGGCCAAGACUUUGGCAAAAGCUUGCAGAUUUUAAGUUCAUUUGUUCACCUCCACCUAGGUUUCUAUCUGUACCAAAUUCUCAUUGUAGACCUCCAUGUCGUUAUGCUGUUCCGUUGACCUUUCCCCGGUAAUGACCAAAGGUAGAUAAUGAAAAAUAAACAUAAUAAAAUUUUUAAAUGGUGUGAUGCAUUAGAAAAGCAAAGUAGGGAUUUCCCUGGUAGUCCAAUGGCUAAGACUCUGAGCUCCCAGUGCAGGGAAGCUGAUCAGGAAACUAAGUCCCACAAGCUACAACUAAGAGCUUGCAGGCCGCAACUAAGACCUGCUGCAGCCAAAUAAAUAAUUUCUCAAAAAAAAAAAGAGAAAAGAAAUAAGAAUUCCAGAACUGGAAUUUUAAAUCGGUGGCAUGAGCGGUUUCACAAGGCUAUAAGGAGCAAGCUGUUCAGGCAUCUGGGAAGGGAAUGUUCCUGGAAGAACAAUUAAAAAGGGGAGAGCUGUAAGGCAAAAGACUGGCUGUGUGCUCAUGAACCCACAAGCAGACAGGUAUGGCUGGAGUAGAGGAGGAAGGGAGAGCAUAGGAGUGAAUGAAAUGAAGGCGAAGGGUUAAAGGGCCAGAUUAUGUGGGGCCUUCGUGAGGACUUGAGUGCAGUGGAGGUCUUUGGGAGGGUUGGAGAACAUAAGAUGACAUGUAUUGACAUGUUUUAAAUGGCUUGUGCCGGCAGUUAUCAAUGAAUGAACUGAGGGAGGGCGUAAGGACCAGAGCAAGGACCAACCAGGAAGCUAUGACAAGCAGCAGUGUUGACCCAGACACAGUAGAACCAGUGGAGGUGGGGAGAAGAUGACAGGUUUGGAAUUUAUUAUGAUGCACCAGACUGCAGGGCC